CUAAAAAGGCUCCAAAAGAUUUCUGUACUCAGUAUGGAUCACCUUUUUUUUUCUAUUACUUUUCCAUAACACCUUUUUUUUUUUUCUCCCUUAAGGUUACGCCAUGGUUGUCAAUGCUUCUAAUGAUAAAAUUGUAAUAAGCACUAAAGAGAAUGAACUCACGGCUGAGAAAAAGCCAAGUGUGCUUGAUGAGGAGACUAUGCUCAAGACUCUAUUGCCCAAAAAUAACGACCUAGAAACAGAGGAAACAGGUGUAUUUCACUGGAAUAUUAAGGAUUGGAAAGGAUUAGAAGACAAAUGUCACGGUCCUGUCUUUCAUGUAAAAGGCUUUCCAUGGCGCAUAUUAUUAUUUCCAAGAGGCAACAACCAGAAAAAAUCGUUUUCAUUUUACUUGGAAGUAGCUGAUCCAAAAGACGGCACUUUACCCGAAGGAUGGCAUGUCUGUGCGCAGUUUGCACUCGCUGUGUCCAACCCUACAGACCCGACACUCUAUUAUAGCAGCCAUGCUAAUCACAGAUUUUCAGCGGAUGAAAUCGACUGGGGCUUUACACGCUUUUAUGAAAUUGAAGAUUUAGACAAAAUGACAAGCAAAGCAGGCCCCUUUCUUGUAGACAAUGAGAUCGUCUUGUCUGUGUUUAUUCGUAUCGUAAAGGAUGAAACAGGUGUUCUUUGGCAUAACUUUGUGAAUUAUGACUCCAGAAAGGAAACAGGCUUUGUUGGUAUUAAAAAUCAAGGAGCAACAUGCUACAUGAACUCGCUACUACAGUCUCUCUAUUGUACCAACAAAUUCAGAAAGGCCGUAUACGAUAUUCCAACUGAUAAUGAUGAGCCUACAAAAAGUGUUGCCUUGGCUUUACAGAGAUGCUUUUACAACCUCCAGUACUCUUCUGCGCCCGUGGGUACGACCGAACUGACUAAAUCCUUUGGUUGGGACACGCUCGAUGCCUUUAUGCAGCACGACGUCCAGGAAUUCAAUCGCGUACUUCAGGACAACUUGGAGGAAAAGAUGAAAGGAACACCAGCAGAUGGCGCCAUUUCAAAGCUAUUCCAGGGAAAGACAAAGAGUUACAUCAAAUGCAUCAAUGUCGACUUUGAAUCUUCACGCGUAGAAGAUUAUUAUGACAUUCAACUCAACGUAAAGGGCUGCAAGAACUUGCAAGAUUCCUUUGAUGACUAUGUUGCAGAGGAAAUUUUGGAAGGUGAUAACAAGUAUAUGGCUGAAGAACACGGUCUACAAGAUGCAAAAAAGGGUGUGAUCUUUGAAAACUUUCCUCCUGUUUUACAUUUACAAUUGAAACGAUUUGAGUAUGACUUUAUGCGUGAUACCAUGGUUAAGAUCAACGACCGACAUGAAUUCCCUCCAGAAAUCAAUUUGGAUAAAUAUUGUUCCAACAGUGACAAGGAUGGACCCUAUGAUUAUCAACUUCAUGGGGUGCUUGUUCACAGCGGCGACUUGUCUGGGGGUCAUUAUUUUGCUUUGAUUCGACCAGGUAAAGACGACAAGUGGUUCCGGUUUGAUGAUGACCGGGUGACGCCUGCAUCCAAGAAGGAAGUAUUUGAGGAAAAUUAUGGUGAUGAGCCACUUCGUGACAGUAAAGAUUUGUUAUCGCCUACAUUCAAUUCAAGAAUCAACAGUGCACGUAUGAUGAAGAAGUUUACAAAUGCAUACAUGCUCGUCUAUAUCAGAAAGAGUAAACUGGAUGAUAUCUUGGACCCAGUCCUUGAAUCAGAUAUACCUGUUCAUCUAAAGCGUAGAUUGGAUGACGAAAAAGCCAUGAUUGAAAAGCGUAAAAAAGAAAGACAAGAUAUGCAACAUAAUGUCAAAGUGGCUGUUAUCACGGACGAUUCACUUAAAGACUACCAAGGAUUCAAUUUGGCUGUAUUCGAUGAUCGUUAUUUAGAAGUGUCACCUCAUGUAGAAGUGUUCAAGGCACCAAAAAUAGAAAAAGUGAGCGAGUUUAAGAAGCAGUUGAUGGACCAUUACAAGUUGGAAGCAAGUCAAUUAAGGUUGUGGUACAUCCAGACUCGUCAGAAUAAGACCAACCGAGUUACCCAAUGUUUAACCAGUGCUGAGGAUAAAUUACCACUUGAAAAGCUGAGAGAGUUAACUUGUGGUAGUGCCUUUAACAACGGUUUAACUAAGCUCUAUUUAGAAAAGUCUGAAAAUGAUAAGCCAUUGCCUUCACUUCGAAACGAUCAAGUACUUUUGUUUGUCAAGUAUUUUGACGUAAAAGAACAAAAACUAAGAGGACUUGGUCAUAUGUUUGUUUCUCUCAAUGACAAGAUUGCUAGUAUAUUAUCAAACUUGAAUGAACGAGCCGGCUUAAAGAAGAGCACAUCAAUCCAACUGUUUGAAGAAGUUAAACCUUUGUCCAUUGAACCUAUCAAGACUGAUCAGACAUUCCGCAAGAUAGAUAUUCAGCAUGGUGAUAUCAUCUGCUUCCAAAGUUCACUAUCCCAAAGAGAGAUGGACGACUUGUCAAAAAAGGGAUAUAUUACAACAGCACCCGACUAUUAUGCAUCAUUAUACAACAGAUCAUUUGUGUUAUUUAAGCCUCUGCCUUCAACGCAGCAUAAACAAGAAGCAAAGCUUGUCUUGAACAGGCACUCUAGUUAUACUGUUGUUGCCCAGGAGCUUGCCAAGGAGAUAGGAGCUAACCCAAAUCGAAUCAGAUUUACCUCCUCUCAUCCAAUUACACAUCAGCCUCGCGAGGUCAUUGCAUACAAACCCGCAGCAAAGUUAGAAGAAAUGAUGCCUAAUUUGCCCAAACCUGCUGAUUAUCAACAGUUUGUCAGUUUUGAAAAGAUGAAUACACCCAUUCUGUUCUACGAGACAUUGGAGGUCGAUUUGGCUGAUUUAGAGUCCAAACGGUCCAUCGAAGUCAGCGUGCUUGGUCCCACGUUGAGAAAGGAAACAAAAGUGACAGCUCUCGUAUCGAGAGCAGGCACCGUGCGACAGUUGUUGGAUCAAGUGAUUACCAAAAGUAAAAUGGAAGUCAAGGACCCUGCAAAAAUUCGUUUGUAUGAAGCAGUUGAUAGCAAGCUGACAAAGGAAUUUUCCCUUGAACAACCUGUAGAUAACGUAGCAACCGAAAAGAAUGCCAUUGUCUAUGCUGAACCGAUUCCAAAAGAUGAAUUGGAAAUGAAUUUAGAUACAGAUCGUCUUGUACAAGUAGUUCAUUAUCAUAAUAAGCCUACAGAACUUCAUAGUGCUCCCUUUAGAUUUGUAGCCAUCAAGGGAGAAACAUUUGAAGAGACAAAGAAGCGAUUACAGAAACGAACGGGAUUGGGCGACAUGGACUGGAAAAAGGUUAAAUUCACCGUUAUUAGAAAUAUUUACUCAUCAGAACCACAAGUGGAGCCAAUUGAUGCAAAUGACUUUGAACUUCGUAAAGCCAGGCUUCAGGAAGAGGACGCACUUGGUCUGGAUCAUGUUGACAAAUCCUCAAAGAGUCGAUUUACACAUGUGUUUGAUAAAGGCAUUUUUAUUAGGGGAUAAAAUAAAAUACAUCAUUUUCAGAAACUAUUCGCACACAUUACAAGAUCAA